AUGCUUAUAUCGGCCAAUUUGAAACCCCUGUUCAGUCGGGGGAUCUCCCAAAGUAUUGGUCGGUUUCUUCAUUCGUCAGCAACUCGACUCGAGUCUAGCUUGAACAAGGUUCCACCAAUUAGAACCAAGAACAUUGGGAUCAUAGCACAUAUCGAUGCCGGUAAAACAACAACAACAGAAAGAAUGUUGUACUACAGUGGUAAAACCAAACGCAUAGGUAACGUAGACGAAGGAGACACUGUCACUGAUUACUUGCCAAGUGAAAAACAAAGAGGAAUUACUAUUCAGCUGGCUGCUAUUUCAAUUCCCUGGAAUAAUCAUAAGAUUAAUAUAAUCGAUACCCCGGGUCAUGCAGAUUUUACAUUUGAAGUUAUAAGGUCCUUGCGGGUUCUUGAUAGUGCAGUUACGAUUUUAGAUGGGGUAGCAGGUGUGGAGGCACAAACUGAAAAAGUAUGGAAACAAGCUAAUGCCUUGGGUAUACCAAAAAUUGCUUAUGUAAAUAAGAUGGAUCGAGAAGGAGCAGGUUUUAGUAGAACGGUAAAAGAGAUUGUUCAGAAGCUACAAACCCGUGUGGUUUUAUGCAAUGUUCCGUAUUUCGAAAAAACUGAACAAAAUGAUCAUGAAUUUUCAGGAGUGAUUGAUAUAAUUCACAAGAAAUUAUUGAAAUGGGAACCAGCUAAAGAUGCCAAUGGAAAUGAAAUAACAAUUAUUGAUAUUGAAUCCGAGUCUUCCAAAUACCCAGAAUUAUUCGACGUUAUAAGCAAUAGUAGAAUGUCAAUGAUUGAAACACUAUCUGAAUUUGACGACUCUUUCAUUGAUGCCUUGGAAGAAUGUGAAGAAGACCCUAUGAAAUUCAACAGUCAGUUAUUGAUCAAGGCAAUAAAAAAGGCUACAGUUGAAAACUUUGUAACUCCAGUUUUCUGUGGAUCAUCCUUCAAAAACAUUGGGGUCCAACCUCUUAUGGAUGGAAUUAUUCAAUUCAGUCCUUCACCACUUCAAAUAAAAGUUCCAGAAAUAUCCUCCAACAAAAGAGUCAAAAAGACAAAAAGAAGUAAGGAUAAUCAAGUUAGUCAAGAAAUCCCGGUUCCAACUAGUUGGGAUCCAAGCAGAGGCUUAAUUAUCAAUAAGAACCGUAAUCUAACUGUUGCCUUAGCGUUUAAAGUCAUGACCCACGCCACAAGAGGUGUUAUGACUUUUUUCAGAGUUUAUAGCGGGAAGCUUAACUCAAACUCAACGGUGAUAAACACCAGAACUGGUAAGAAAUUAAAUGUGAAGAAAUUGUUAUUGAUGCAUGGGGAUUCUCCAGAACCAGUUGAUUAUAUUGAUUCCGGUAGUAUUGGGGUUAUUUUAGGAUUAGAAGAUGAAUUAAUGACUGGAGAUACUUUAGUUUCACACGGUUCUGGUAAUAGUAAGCUAUUUAAUGAAUUAGAGUCUAGUUUAAAGAUGUUGCCUAUUGAUAUACCACCCCCUUUAUUCAACUCUUCAUUAGAACCUUUAACUACUGGUGAUGAAAGACAUAUGGACCAAUGUUUAAAGAUUCUUCAAAGAGAAGACCCAUCUUUGAAAGUUACCUUGGAUGAAGAUAUGGGCCAAACUAUUAUAAGUGGGAUGGGUGAAUUACAUUUAGAAAUUUUGAAAGAAAGAUUAGUCAAAGAUAUGAAAGUCAAUGUUAGAUUAACCGAUGUUGCAGUGAGUUACAAAGAAACAGUUGCAAAACCAAGCAUGCAAAGCCAUACAUUAAUAUCGAAUGAAGAUGAAAAUAUUAAAGUUGAGAUCCAAUUAGAUACUUUCGAAGGUAAUGCAGAAGAGACUACAUUUGCGGAAGAAGAGGGUGCUGAGAUAUUACAACAAGAGAAUAAUAUCAUUAUAAUAGAACCAAGUGCUACCCCAGCUCACAUGUAUCAAGCAAUUGAAGAUAGAAGAUGGAAGCCCGAUUACUCUCUUGAGGUAUUACAAGAUAGUAUAAUCCAAGGGUGUUAUACUGCUCUACAGAUGGGUGGUCCAAUUCUAGGAUUCCCAUUGCAUUCAACAGUGGUUAGAAUAAAAUCUUGGGACUUCCCAAUCGAGAAUAAGAAUUUCCAACCAAAUACUUUGCUUGAUCUCGGACGUCGUUGUUUAAGAGAACAUAUUAAUGAAAUGUACGAAAACAAUAAAACAUCCUUCACAGUAUUAGAACCGUAUAUGGAAACAAAAGUCUACGUUGGAUCAGAAAGCGUGGGUGAAGUCACCCACGACUUGACCCAAAAAUGUCAAGCAGUUAUCACUUCAAUUGAAGAUGAAAAUAGUGAAAAUCUCGAUGCCCUCACUUGGGCUAAUGAAGAAGCUGAAAGGAUCUACUUACCUCCUGAUUAUACUUUGAAAAAAUCAAAAUUGAACGGGCUAGAUUUUGAAAACAAGAAGGUGAUUCUUGCUGAAACCCCAUUGAGAGAAAUGAUUGGCUACUUAUCAAGAUUAAGAUCAAUUACCCAAGGUAGAUCGGUUUUCGAUAUGAACUACCUUGGGAUGAGAAGGACUGCUAGAGAUCGUUUAACAGCAAUUGCAAACGAAGUCAACAUCAUGUGA